CUCGUUGACACUACACUUUGCGUCUGGGCCUUUGUCAACUCACCAAAUCCUGCCGCAAUCUUCGGGUCAAAUCACGUAACGACAAUCAGUCCCUAAUCCAAUAAUCGAAACUUAAACGACAAAAUGGCUGCCACUCUUGACCUGGCAACCCUCCAAAGAAUCGAAGAACUCAUCGAGAAGUCACUUGGGGCGCGCGAGCAGUACAGAGCCAACCCAUCGUCAAAAACCAUCGCCGAGUUUUGGAGAUACCUGGGCCAAGCCUUGAGUCUGUUUCCAGAAGGCACAUUCAAAGACAACGUCCUUGAUCCCGCCAAUCUCAACCCCUACGAGUCGGAGAUGAUCAUUGCACAAACUGAAGCCAUCUGGGCUUUCAGCAACGGUACGCAGACAGAUGAUCUGGACUGUCCUCAGAGGGCCGUGGAUCUAUACUCGGGGUUUGCAAAGGAUCUAUACAACUUUUGGUACUACAAAGCCACAGGCAAAAAUGCUUUUGCCAACCUUUGUCAUACUGUGACCAAUACCUUGACCAACUGGAGUUUGAUAACCCAAGACACCAGGAGGCGCCAAGGUCUCCAGAAUUCCCCCAGGGCGGGAAUGGCGGCUUAUGCAUUCGUAAUCACGAACUCGAUGAUCGGAGAUUGGACCAUCAGGAAUCAGACGAAGCAAUUGUGGGCGGAGAGGUGUGGUACGUUCACCGUGGUCCAAGACUAGACUUGAGUGAGAGGGAGAAUACGCGUGCCCUUGCUGUUGCAUCAUCAGAUCCGAUUCCGCUGCGCUCUUAUAUCUGAUAAUAUAUAGAGUAUUAUAGAUUCCUUUAAUUUUCUAAUUAAAAUAACUAACUUUCUAGAUAUAGAUGUAAAUAUAGCUUUUUAAAAAGAUUUAGUUAUAAUCUUAACUUACUAAUUUACUUUAGGCAGCUUAUAUAUAUCUUAAAAUACAAUACC